AUGUACAAUGCAUACUACAAAGGUUAUGCUCGACUGUCGAAUACGCAAUUUAUCGGCUACGGACAAUUGGCUGAUGGUUACAAUAGUGAUCAGCGAUCAGGUAUUUAUAUGUAUCAUCUCGGUGAUUACAAUCCAAAUAGACCUUCUUUCAUUGAUGCUUGCUCGUUCGAUGGUGGAUUUAAUGCAGCUAUUGGUAUACGAAGCACGAAUGGCAUAUUAAUGACAAACAAUGUUAUAUACAACACAUAUCGAUCAGGCAUUGUUGUAACUGGAAUGAACAAUAUCAUUCAAAAUAAUCUCGUCACAACUGUCUACUGGGUAGGUACAGGCCAAGAUCCAUCGGUUGCUCAAUUUAGUUCGAAUUAUGAUGGUGCAAUUAUGGCUCGUGAUGCUACCAGUAUGAGAUUACGAAAUAAUUUGGUUGCGGGCGUUGAACGUUUGGCCUACCGUAUCCCUGGUGAAUCAUGUGGAGGUCAAGAUAUUUAUAUUCCACCGAAUAUAAUCAACGAAUAUUCGAAUAAUGAAGCACAUUCAGUCAUGUCUGGCGUUAACCUUUGGCCGUCGGACAAAGGAUUUACAUAUGAUCGAAUAGUCGGUUCGAUUACAAGAGAAGAUUGUGAAGAUAGAAUUAAUCCGAAUUCGAUCAAUAUUCGGUUAUCACAAAUUGCAAUACCUGGCGUAUCAGCAAACUCAUCUUCUGGUAAUGCUGGUGGUCGAUCUGGUAUAGUUUUUCCAACUAUUUCAAGAAACAACUAUAUGCCUAUUCGCUCCUGGACUGGAAUUGGUACUUAUCCUUGUCUCAAUGGUCUCAUGUUCAUCACCAAUACGACUCUUGCUUUCUUCAACGAUACUUGUGGUCGACACGAUGUAGCGAUUCAAGUGUCACAGAGCAAUGAUGAUGGACAAUUUCCAAUCGCAACAAGUUCCAUUCGUAUUCGUCGUCAAACAUCAUCUGUUCUAUUACCUAUAAAAUUACAGAUUGAACUGCGUGAUGAACCUCGCACUAGUUCGAUUGCCUCGACUGGAAUUCGAGCAGAAAUUCUAUCAAAUAUUGCUUCGACUAUCAUCAAUCGUUAUCAAGCAGGUGAAUUACAAGUGGCAUGGAGAAAUCUCAAUGUAACAAACGGUAGUUUCCCAUCUAACUUGAGUGCACAAGAACCAUUUGAUAACUCAUCAGUUGAACUGAGUAUCAUCAAUCAACUUUUACUUAUCUCACCACCGAGAGACUGUCGCCAGCAGAGUCCGUGUACGUUUCAACCAGUACUCGUGGCAUACGAUGUAGCAGGAAAUGUCAUUCAAAAGUUAGGCUCAAACGAGCGACCAUGGCAAGUGAAAGCUACUGUCGUAGGUCGACCAAAUCUCAAUUUGCCAGGUGGUAUAGCCAAUUAUUCUGAUGGACAAACACAAUACAUUCUGUUCACUCUACCGGAUAUCGGUACUCAGCAAGUUCAAUUUACUCUGAUUCAACCAGAUGGUGUCAACAGUUCAUUCUUAGCGACAACCAACCUGACUGUUCAAGCUGCUUCUGUCUCUGUGACACAAGCAGUUCUAGCUGGUCAACAAGUGAAUAAUGUUUAUGUUGUCAAUGUCAAUGAAACAUUUAGUAUCGCUGCCAUGCCAGUCGAUAAUGUUACUCGACUACGUCUGGGUCAAAUUCAAUGGGGAAGUUGGCGAUGGUCGGCUAAUGUCACUCUGUUUAGCUUGCCGAAAUUCAAUCGACACGGAUCAUUGGUCAAAAACAAUUCAUCAAGAACUAAUAUUGAUCUCGUAGCAGGUACAGUUACGGUCACUAAUUUAGCCAUCAAUGCUACCGGUAUGUAUGUGCUGCAAAUUCGAUUGGUUUCUUCAAACAACGAACAUAUCAUUGCACUACCAACGAAUGGUAUCCUCGUUAAAGAAAAUAGUGAUAAUUUUAUUACUGAAAUCGAUGCAAUCUCAAGCAACUUUACAUUUGCAGGCGACUUUGAUGCACUCAAUGCUAGCGGUGAACUUGAAAUUAUACGUGCAAUGAUCUACAAUUAUCUGAUUAGUGUUGACAUGCCUCUCAUCAGCGAUAUCAUUCUGAUGAAAGGUAGCGUGGGCGCGAUUGUUCAGGUCGACUCAGAAAAUACAAAUAUAUCAAAAGCAGUUACAAGCAUGUUAUCGGAUCCCAAUGCCAUACCGGGUUUAAAUCUUAUAAUGUUACAUAUCAAUGGUCGUUUGUACUCGCUCUCGUCUUCAUCAAGUAAUAAUCUAGCGAGUAAUGACGAUAAUUCGAAUAAUAUCGCCUUAAUUGUCGGCCUCGUCGUUGGUCUAGUUGUUGGUCUACUACUUCUGAUCGGCCUCGUUUGGGGUUAUAAUGCACGUGAACGAAUUCUUACUCGUCAUCGUCUCGGAGUAGAAACAACUGAACGCUUUCGUAUUAAUAAACCAAUCGAUGUUCGUGUACCACCUCAAGCAAUCGAAGAUUUUGCUGACUUCUUGACAUCAGAUGGUGUGAAAAUCGAAUAUACGGUUCAUAUGACUGAUAUUGGUGCAAUAAUUGAAAGGCAAAGAAUUCUACAAAAUUUACCUCAAUCAUCACCGAACACAAAUGAUUUUGCCUACGAUAAGUAUACACUAUUGAAGACAUUCAUGCAUGGAUUGAUCAAAUCGUUGCAACGUAUCCGGACAUGGUCACAUCGUUUACUGUGGGGAAAUCAUACGAAAAUAGAGAUAUGA